AUGUUUUCUGGUGUGCUUGGUGUGGAGAGGAAGGUUGCUGUUAUCUCGAGUGCCGAAGACUACAAAACUGCGAUCGAGAGCAACCAUCAAGACGGCACCACAGUGGUGUACGGUAUGACCUGGGAGACUGCUCAUGUCUUACAGAGGGACAUCUCCGUGGCGAAACCGAAGUCCGUCUUCCUCGUCAACACCGUUUGCGCGGAUUCUGAAACGCCACAAGACAAGUUUGUUGGUGACGCAUGCGAUUACGAGUUCUACUACGCUGAAGGAUGUUCGCAAAACCUCGUGCGUCGUGAUCUUGCGAGGUUCUUGGGCUUCGUGUUGGGCGACAGUGAUGUACACAAGCCCAUCCUUGCGAAGUCUCGCACGAACUUCCUCGCGUUGACGUUCCCGGAUGUCAGGGUUGCAUUGCAGAACCUCGACAUCUUGACUGUUGGUGCUGAUGCCGUGGAGUUGCGUGUUGAUCUCUUGAAGGAGCCGGUUGGUAUGGGCGAAUUCAAUCCUAUUCCCGGACUUGAGUAUGUCGGAUCGCAGGUCAUGGCUUUGAGGCAGCGCACCGAGCUUCCUAUUGUUUUCACAUUGAGGAGUGCUAAUGAAGGAGGGAGAUUCCCUACUGAAGCCGACAAGGAGACGCACCAGUACCUCUUGAAGGCACUCCAGUGGGGUUGCGAGUAUGUAGAUGUUGAGUUGCGUCUCGCCGAGGAUGUUCGUCGCAAUAUCUCCGAGAAGAAGGGCAACAGCAAGGUCAUUUCCUCUUACCACGAUCUUACUGGUAAUUUGAGGUGGUCGAGUGCGGACACGAACAAGAGGUACCACAUCGCCAGGCAGUACGGUGAUAUCGUGAAGAUGAUUGGCUUUGCGAACACUUUGUCGGACAACUACGAGUUGGAGUACUUCCGCACGGCAAUGACGAGCACCUUCCCUGCUUGGCCGCUCUUGGCGAUCAAUGCGGGCCAGAUGGGACAGCUUAGUCGUGUCUUGAACACCUUCUUCACACCUACGACUCACCCACUCUUACCCUCUGCUGCUGCCCCAGGUCAGUUGAGUGCUGCUGAGAUCAACGGCGCUCUCCACAUCAUUGGUCAGCUUCCUGCCAGGACGGUCUACAGCAUCGGCAACGGACGUGCAACACCACUCAACGCGUUCUACACGAAGUUUUUCAAUGAGCUCGGCUUGCCCCAUCACUACACCGCCAUCGAUAACUUCUCGGAUGGUGUCGUGCAAAGCAUCGUUCGUCAGCCUGAGUUCGGUGGUGCGACCUUGAAUCCACCUAUCCUCCGCGGUCAUGGUGCACAACCGUCAUUCCUCAGAUCUAUCACGGAUGCGGCGGCUGCUAUUGGUCAGGUUGAUGCUAUCUUCCCUGUGCGCUCACCUGAGCGCAACGAAGUCGCCAUCAUUGGCGACAAUGUUACGUGGAAAGGCAUUCGCGCUACUUUGUUGCUUGAUUUCUCGGUAGCUGCCUUCACCAAGCACCCUGCGUUCGUGCUUGCGGCGUCGUUCAAGGAUGCGGCUCCGAUCAUGUACGCGCUGAAGAACAUUGGAUGCAAGACGGUCUACACCACCGGCUUUGAGGUCCCGAAAGACAUUGCUGCCGGUCUCAUCGAAGGCAUGGACGUCAAGCACCUUACCUCCCCAGAAGAUCUCCGCACUGCUCAACACCCUCGAGCCAUCAUAUCUGCUCUGUCUGCGGACAAGUCACACCUCGCGCAGCCUCUACUUCGCAUUCUUGGCACUCAUCCUCAAACACUCAAGAGCAAGGUCUUCGUCGACUUGGCGAAUGGUCCCAGACUUGGUGAUCCUUUGGCUGUUGCGGCGAGCAUGGGGUGGAAGACGUUUGGUAUUGCGGAUGUAAGUGCGUGGACUACUGUGGAGACGCUAGCACUAUUGGUGAGCCAGACGGUGCCGUAUGAUUUUGUGAGAAUGGCGAGUGGUAGGGGUAUUUACUAG